UUCGCACAGCUGAGACACGCGCGUCGUCGCCGUAGUCGUAGUAUCGCUGGCGAACACGCAGCUUUCGGCUGGUUUUUUAAAUUUAUUUUUAUUAUUUAAUCACGAGAUCCGUCAAUUCUUGUUGGUUCGUUUUUUCCCGUACGAAUAAAACGCGCUGCCGAUCAAAGAGACCGAGUCAAAGUGUAGUUUUCUUUUUUUUUUUUCUCUUUUCGUUCAUCCGAAAAGUAACACCAGGACGAAAAGUUUUUCGCCCCGUGUUGGGGGUGUACUUGCAUACACCAGAGUUCCAGGGGGACGAGCACAACGUUCAGUGUCACCGCUUGUGAAAAUACACACAUGCACGUUUCAUGUACGCACGUGUAUGUACGAAUAAAUACACAUUCGCGCACAGGAAUGCGGAGAGAAGAUCCUACAAGAAGAUAAAAAAGAAUUUCUCCGGCGAUUGGGCGAUGCGACGUGAUUCGCAGGCUUGAUAGGCUCGACUUUGGAAACGCGACGAGGAAAAAUAAGGAAUCAGUCCACGAACGGGUAAAAGUGUCAUAGUUCGACGUUGAAAAAAAAAAAAAAAAAAAAAAAAAAAAAAAAAAAAAAAAAAAAAAAAAAAAAAGAUAUAACGGCAGUAGCCAAUUAGUAUACCUACGUGCGCAGCAAAAGGUGUUUGUCCGAGUUAAAAUCGAUCCCUUCGAGUGUAAUAGUUGGUCAAAUCCAACCAAACAGCGAAUAAAAGGACACAACGAAGAAAAACAAAUAAUUGGAUGGGCGUUCUCCUGAGAUAAGUCGAGGACUCUCGGGAGACACACAGCCAGAGCUGUAUACGUACAUAAUCGACCGAGGCUUCUAGCCAGGGGAUAAUGCGAAAUCUGGAGAGGUUGUCGGGCAGCGACCAGGACUCCGUCGAUCAGGAGAUGUACAUCGACCUGGACGACGCCUCCGUUGACUCCUUGACAGGCAAACGAGGCCGCCACCAUGUCGCCGAGGUGGGCGACGAGAGUGACAGCAGCGGCAGCGAUCGGGGCCCAAAGCGGAUGAAACGGCGCAGCCGAGGCGCACCACCGACGACUCGCAGACGAAAAAAUGGCAUCUCCGCGCGGGAACGCACCCUCAGGAGACUCGAGAGCAACGAGCGCGAGAGGAUGAGGAUGCACUCGCUCAACGACGCGUUCGAGCAACUGCGAGAAGUCAUACCUCACGUAAAAAUGGAGAGGAAGCUCAGCAAAAUCGAAACGCUCACGCUCGCCAAGAAUUACAUAAUGGCUCUGACGAAUGUCAUAUGCGAGAUGCGGGGCGAGGAACAGCCUUACACAUUCGUGGACGGCGAGUGCGGCUCGAGCAGCGGGGACAGCAGCACCGGCCAACUGGAGCUGAGCGGCGGGGACGAGCAACCGGAAGAAGCAUCGCCCGGCUCGCUGCACGAGACCAACAACAACAGUCUCCUGCACGAGGACCUCGAGCGUAGGAUAUAGACAACGAGGACGCUCCGGGACGUAAUAAUAUAACUUUGCAACGCUCGGCACCUAUACAAGAUUUCUCUUUCUUUAUCUCCUUAUCCGUCGCCGCAUCUCCUUCGCUCAAAGGUGGAAAACGCGUACAACGCGAAGAGCCAACGGAAAGAGGGAGAGAAGAAUAAAAAAAAAAAAAAAAAAACAAA